AUGUUGAUCAUCAUUUGUUUAUAUUCAAAUAAUGAUCAUCAUAAUAUAAUAUCAUCAUUUAUUAAUAAUCAUCGAUCAAAUCUAUUCGUAAAUGCAGCUAAUGAAGAUGGCUCAGUAGAAGGUGUUCCCUGUAUUGAUAAUGGAAAAUUUUAUCGUAAUCCCGAAGCAAUCGGCAUUCGUGAUUGUGCCCGUUAUUAUUGGUGUCCACGGCAAAAAGUAUUACAAUUUCGUUGUUCAGCUGGUCUUUGGUUCGAUAUAGAUAGACAGAUUUGUGAUUUUAAAUUUAAAAUCGAUAAUUGUGAAAAAUCACAUGAUGCAAGUACACCGAAACCAUUGCUAUCAACGGAUGAACCAAUUUGUCCAUCUGGACAAUUAGCAUGUGCUAAUCGAAAAUGCAUUAAUCGUGAUUUAUUCUGUGAUGGCCAAAAAGAUUGUGAUGAUUGGUCAGAUGAAUCAUAUUGUGAUCCAGAUUCGGAUCCAAAUUCACCACCACGAUGUGAUGCUAAUAAUUGUACAUUACCUGAUUGUUUUUGUUCAGUCGAUGGUACAUUAAUACCGGGUAAUAUGAAACCAGAAGAAACACCGCAAAUUGUCAUUCUGACAUUCGAUGAUGCUGUCAACAAUGAAAAUUGGGAAAUCUAUGAACGUAUUUUUACACCAAAUCGAACGAAUCCAAAUGGUUGUCCAAUUUCAACAACUUUUUUCCUUUCACAUGAAUAUACAAAUUAUCGUCAUGUUCAAAAAUUAUGGAAUGAUGGCCAUGAAAUUGGUAUCCAUUCAAUUACUCAUCGUCAGCCUGAACUUUGGUGGACAUUCAAUGCCACAAUGGAAGAUUGGUUUGAUGAAUUUGCCGGUAUGGCUAAUAUAAUCAAUCGUUUUGCUGGAAUUCCAUUGGAUGAACUUCGUGGUACUCGUGUUCCAUUUUUGCGUGUUGGUUGGAAUACACAAUUUAUUAUGAUGAAAGAAUUUGGAUUUCUAUAUGAUUCAUCAAUGGUAGCACCAAGAUCUGAUCCACCAUUAUGGCCAUUCACAUUAGAUUAUCGUAUACCACAUAAAUGUCAUGGUUCAAGACAACGUUGUCCAUCACGAUCAUUUAAUGGAAUGUGGGAAAUGAUUAUGAAUCCAUUCGAUAUUGAGGGUCAUAUUUGUGCCAUGGUCGAUUCAUGUCCUACACAUUUAUCCGAUGAAGAAGUAUAUGCAAUGUUGAAAGAUAAUUUUAAUCGUCAUUAUCGUACAAAUCGUGCACCAUUCGGUCUUUAUUUUCAUACUAUCUGGUUUAAAGAAAAACGUAAUUUUGCCAUUCUUACACGAUUCUUGGAUGAAUUACUUCAGAAUAAGGAUAUUUAUAUAAUCACCAAUUAUCAGGCAAUUGAAUGGAUGCGUACACCAACACCGUUAUCACAAUUGGCCAAUUUUGAACCAUGGAAAUGUAAACGUGAUAUUGAUCCAAAUCUAAUUGCUUGUAAUCAUCCAAAAUCAUGUAAACUAAAUUCACGACAAGUGAAAGGUGAACGUUAUCUUCAUACAUGUUUCGAAUGUCCAGAUGUUUAUCCAUGGGUUAAGAAUGAAUUUGGUCUAGAAUAUUAGUGUGUUUUGAGAUUGGUUGGUUUGGUUGAUUUCAUAUUCUCCAAAUUGUGGAAUCAUCGAUCACUUUUUUUUCUCUUUUUAUCGAUAAACUACUGCAACUAGUUUCAAUUUUUUUUUGGCCAAAAUGCAUUA